CUAGACACCUAUAUAAGCGGACGUCUGCGGCACAGUAGAACAACAUUCGCAAAUUACACUUCGAACUGACAACAACAACGAUGAAGCUGUUACUCGUCCUCUGCUCGCUAGGAGCGCUUCUCCAAGCAUCGAUCGCCACGCACGACAUCAAUGUUCCCGUGCUGGUGCCGGUACCCCACAUCAAGAAGGUCCCGAUCAGCAUCCCCAAGUACGAGCACACCAAGGGCGAGAUCAUCAAGCACGUCCCCGAGCCGAUCAUCAAGCGCGUCCCGGUGGAGAAGCACGUCGACGUGGAGAAGCAGGUCGAGGUCGUGAAGCAAGUGCCCGUAACGAAGGAGAUCGUCGUCGAGCGGCCGGUGGAGGUUAUUCGCGAGGUGCCGAUCGAGAAGGUGGUCAUCGAGAAGGUGGAGGUGCCGUACGAGGUGAUCAAGCACGUGGAGAAGAUCAAGCACAUCCCGGUCGAGAAGCACAUCGAGGUGAUCAAGGAGGUGGAGGAGAUCCGCGAGGUGCCGUACAAGCGGUACGUCUUCAACAAGAAGCCCUACCCGGUGGCGUACAACGAGCCGGAGGAGGUGCAGGUGCCGUACACGGUGCCGGAAACGGUCGCACCAGUACCGGUGGUGGUAGAACCGGUGGAACCUUCGCUGAAGGACAAGUUCCACAACCUGGCCGGUAGCUACCUGCCCGAUCCGGUCGGUUUCCUCAAGAAGUUUGGCAAGCAUUAAGGAAGGGGGAGUGCAAAACGCUGUUCUGCAGUAUGAAAUUUAAAUAAAGAUAUUUAUUACACUCGAGUAAA